GAGCCAGUAUGAAGCAAAGUUGUACCUGUUGAUCCAGUGAGGUGGAGCUUCCUGACGGAAACACAGUUCUGCAACAGCGCUUUUAACACUGCUGAAACUUUGUUUAUGGCGCUAUUAAACACCCUCGGAAGGACAAAGGUGGGCCAAAACAAUCAGGCAUCACCAUUUCCUGGAGUUGCUGGAGAGCGUCAGUAAGUAUGAAGUCUGAGAAACUGAGAAACUGGGCCAUGCUGUGCGUCCUGCUGGUGGUGGCGGUCCUUUCAUAUGCUGACCCAUUUCAGAUACUGAAGCGGCCUAAGAGUGAGUUUGGCGGUUUACCUCUGGACAUGGCUCCAUAUUCCAUUGAUGACAUGUUUGAUGGUUGCAGGUCUGCAGCAGCCUCUAUGAUUGACAUGUUUGGUGUGUUUGAGUGGCACUACAAUAGAAAAUUCAGUUUUGCCUGGGCUUUAUCUGAAAGAGAAGCAAAGAAACCUUUGAACAUGCACCUGACAGAAGACCAUGCCAUAGUUUUACACAUGUUCUCAAAAGCAAAUCGCAUCCGACAAGACUUCAACCAAGCAGUGAAAAGGGGAAAACACAAAUACAGCACAGGUGGAUUUAAGUUCCACUACUUCUACUACUACUUGACUGAUGCCAUUCAAAUCCUGCGUCACAAUGAGACGUCGUGCAGAACCACCUAUCACAGGACAUGGAAGCACUUUAAGCGAGAUGUCAUCAACACAAACAUGCGUUUUGGUGCUUUCACCUGGGCAGCGUCAAACAAGCACUCAUUGGUGUUCAACGGCAAUGUUUCCUGUUUUGAGAUCUACACCUGCUUUGGUGCUGAUAUAACAUACUACUCCUACAUAAAACAAAAGGAACAGGUGCUCAUUCCUCCCUAUGAGGUUUUCAAAGUCACAGACGUUGUGACCAGCGAGCCAUGGUGCAGUGUGGUCUACAAGCUACAGAGUACCAAAACACCAAAGGGGGAUGUCAACUGUCGACUGAACCAAAGACUGAUGGCGGCAUAUUUUGGAAUUGGUUCAACACAGUGGCAAUACAGUGUUGGGCUGAUGUCAGCAUGCGGGACACUGUUGAUAAUAAGUUCUUUAGUCCUGAUAAAACGCAAGCAGAAGUGUUUUGUGGCUGUGGUGCUGGCACCUCUGCUGGUGCUGGCAGUCACUGCAGUAAUGUUGACUUGAUCAGCAAAUAAAAGAGACCUGAUGAUGUGACAA